AAGGCCUAUCGCAACGCGACCUUUGUAAAUGUUGCUAAAAAAUGUUACCUUAGCUACACUACUUUCACCCUUCCGCAACAUAAUAUUUUUCAUGUUAGCUUAGCCAAAAAGGGGAUGUUGCCUUUGUUAGAAAGUGUUUAAGGGUGCAACAUGGAGACAAAUAUGUUAGCUUAAGCUAUUAAAAUGUGAAAAUAAUAUUUUAACUUAAAAUUAAAGAAAAAAGUAAUUACUUGUAUUAAAAAUAAAAAUAGAAGUUAUGUAAUAAUAUAAACUAAAAAUAUAAAAAAUUAUAUAAAAUAUUAAAUAAUUUAAUAGGUGAAUGAUUUUAUUUUAAAUAAUAAAUAUAUGUUUAUUUAUUUAAAAAGUAAAAUAAAAUGUAAACAAAAAAAUAAAAUAUAAACUAAAUAUAUGUAUAUAUGUUUAUUUGAACAAGCGGGCGUGGUUCCCGGUGAAAUCAGACAAGCAGCGGGACUUUGUUUCACUAACACCCCGCCCCAUUUUUUCACUUCCUUUUCCACUCACACUCAGUCAUCUCUCUCAUUUUCCACACAGUCCUCUCUCGCUCUUCACCCCCACAUCUCGUCUCUCUCUCUCUCUUUUCACCCCCACAGUCGCCUCUCUCUCUUUUCACCGUGUCUCUCUCGUCGCUCUGGUCUCUCUGGUCUCUCAUCAGCACAUCUCUCUCAUCUCAGGUAUUUUCAGUGGAGGCUUUGCAUUUGGAAUGAGGGCUUCUUCGGUUGAUUUUAAGGAUUUCAUUUAAAGGAUUUAAAAUUAGGGUUUCAGUUUAAAGAUUUUGCUACAGCUGGACUUAAAAAAGCUGAAUCGAAGGACAAACAAAAAGAAAAGACGCGGGAUGGGAGUGAAGAUUAUGAUCCAGCACAGGAUGAUGGUAGCGAUGCUGCUGGAUCAGUGUCUCCACCAAAGGGAAAGAAGAAAGAAAGUAAAAAAAAGCUUGUCAUGGGACGUGGACCAACAACACGUUCUCGAGCCAAUGUUGGAAGCAAGACAACUGAGGAUGGAAGCGAUAAGGAACCGACGCAUCAUUCGGUACAACCAACAACAGUUGCAAAUCCAUUAAUUGAGAUACCCCAAGCAGAUGAUGGAAAUGGUUCAAUGACUGCUUUUUUGGCUCUCCGGAAACGCCAACAAGAGGAAGCUAAAAAGGAAAAAGAAGAAAAAGAAAAGCUCGAAAAAGAAAGAGUUGAAAAGAAAAAAGCUCUUGCAGAUGCAAGUAAAAAGGUUGUUCAAGAAUCUAUGCCUGAAAUAGAAGAGGGCGAUGAAGAAGUUGUAGUUCCAUACCGCCCAAGAGGAAAGACAAGAAUGGAUAAAGUUCAUACAAGAAGUUUUGAGCAGAGAAUUGUGAUUGGGAUGAAUGAGCUGGGCCAACCCAUAACAGAAAAUGACAAGGUACUCUCUGAGCUGAGUAGCUUUUUGGGAACACUGGCCAAGCGAUGUGUGCCACUGACUUAUGUAACUUGGCGCAAAGUUCCUAAAAAUUUGAAGGAAACUAUGUGGAAUUAUGUCAAGGCCCGCUAUAUUAUUCCCGAUGAACUGGAAAGUUGGGCAAUUGAGACAAUUCAUGCAUCCUGGAGGGGGUAUAAGUGUCGAACUAAGGCAGCGCAUUAUACAGCUUUUGAAACUGAUGAAAUUAGGCUACAAAAUAGGCCUGAUGAUAUUCCACUUGAGAGGUUCAAAUUGCUGUUGGAAUAUUGGAAUGAUGAAAGUAUUCAGGAUAAAGCCAGGAAAAAUUCAAAUAGCCGCAAGUCAUAUACCGAGACUCACACUCUUGGUCCUAAAAGUAUCGCACAGCUUCGACACAAAAUGAAAAAGAAUGCCCCAGAUGAGUCUGAACCAUGUGAUGCAGAGGUUUUUGUGAAAACUCGGACUCGUGAUGCAGGACGCGAGUACAAGACCAGUACUAAAACAAUGAAAAAGAAAAUUGAUAAAAUUAACAAAAAAAAUCAACUCCGGGGAGGCUGCUGAUGAAAUGCUUUUGGAUAAAGAGCAUGGCCCGACUUGGCUCUUAGGGAGAUGCAAGAAGCCGCAAAAACUAUCAGCUGCUGCUCCAACGGAUACAUAUGUCAAAGAAUUGACAACAAAAAUUAAGGAAGGCCUUGCUGCUGAAGUCGAGGAAAAAGUGAAGAAAAUCCAAGAAGAGGUAGAUGAGCAGGUAAACAGGAAGGUGCAACAAAAUUUGGCAUCGGUCCUUAAGAAACUUGGUGAAGCAAACCCCAACAUCACAAUUGAUGUUACAGAGCUGUGUGCACAUGUGGCCAGUGACAAUGACGAUGGCACACCAAUGACUAAAGGCACCAGCUUCUAGUUUGCUAAUAGUAUGGUUGUUUAGACUUUGGUUCGUUGAAGUUAUUUUGACUAGCUAAUAGUAUGGGGUUAUAUAUCUAGACUUUUUGUUAUUAAACUGUUAGUUUGCAGGUAGUUGGUCGAUUCUGGAUAUUAUGUUGGUUUAGCUGUGGAUUUGAUGUUGGAGUAAAUUGGAUUUGAUGUUGGUUUUUGUAUGUUUACAAUGGUUUGUUGAAAUGAUGGACAAAUUUUGGGAA